UUUCUACUUUGGUACCGAGCGAAGAGGAGAUGCACACGGCACUCGAGUGAGAGUGCUUCUUCAAGAAAAGUUGGAAAUCUCCCCCCUAAACCAGAGCAUCAGGACUGGGGGCCAAGCAAGAGGAUAGGUAUUACGGGGACCAAGAAGAAAGGGGACAAUGCGAGUCCACGUGCACACCAAGUUCUGCUUCCUGUGUGUGCUCACCUUCCUCUUCCAUCCGUCCAGCCGCUGCCAUGGAGAAGGGCACAGCCACCAGCAUGGAGGACAUCAACAUGCUGACCACAACCACGUCCACAACGACCUGCAGAUUUCUGACGCUUCUUAUGUGAGAGGAGCUACUCCGACUCAGGAGGCCAGCACUCAUCAAGGACAAAAUCCCGAGGAGGAACAACAGUUUUACAUUCAGCAGCUGUUCAGGCGCUAUGGCGAUAAAGAUCGACUGGAUUUCCAGGGAUUUCAGAGUCUGCUGUUAAGUUUGGGUCUGGGAGAAGUAAAGGUGGUGGGUCUGGAUCAUGAUGAGCUUGGCCAUGACCACGUAACUCACCUAGAUCUGUUGGAUGUGAGGGAGGGGCUUCACACACAUUCACCUAAAGGUCGUGGCAAGGGUCGUGGGCACAAGAAUGGUCAUUCCCUCCAUCCACACUCUGAACAGGUUCCCACAGAGUGCAGCUAUCAUACUACUGCUAUCAGUCCUGUUUCUGGUGAGAUGACAAGACCCGACCAUAAACAUGAUCGUGAUCACAACCAUGACGGUGAUCACAACCAUGAGCAUGAUGCAGACCAUGGUCAUGAUAACGCCAAAGUUGAGGAUAGGGACCAUAAACAUUCAAAUGGACAUGUGCAGGACACACAUGUUCAUCAACAUGACCAUGACAUUGCCCAUGACAAAGAGCACAAACAUGAGAAGGUAAACUCUAACAGUAAGGAACGAUCAACUCAACCUCACAGGGAUCACGACCACGGGACUCAUGAUCACAGGGAUCAUGAUCAUGACGGAGAGCACAAACAUGAGCAGGAACAGUUGAACAGCAAGGAUCUGUCCUCGAAACCAAACAUUGAUCAUGACCAUCGGGAUCACGAUCACAGUGAUCAUGAUCACCCUGAACACAGCCAUGAAAAGGUACAGGUACAACCCACUCAAAAAACUCUGUCUUCUCAGCCUCUUGAUAAUCAUGAUCACAGUGAUCAUGACCACAGCAAUCAUGAUCAUAAUGAUCAUGAUCAUAGUGAUCAUGACCACGGGGAUCAUGACCAUGAGGAUCACGACCACAGUGAUCACACUAAUGAUAAAGAAGGCACUAAUGGUAAAGACCUUUCCUCUCAACCUCAUAAUGGUCAUGAUCAUGGUUAUCAUGACCACAGGGAUCACGACCAUGGUGAUCACACCCACGGUGAUCAUGACCAUGGUGAUCAUAAACAUGACGGGGUACCAUCAAGUACAGACUCUAUACCAAGCAACCAGGUGCAGCAAACAUCCCAGGCUCCUCUAGAUCCACGCCCGUCAUCUGCCACCACGGAAAGCAGAAAGCCCAGAAAGCCAGUCAGAGCCAGAGGACAGCUUGGGGGAAACAAAGACACUUUAUCUGAUGACCAUGACCACCAACAUGGACAUGAUCAUGACCAUGAUCAUGAUCAUCAUGGACACAAUCAUGACCAUGAUCAUGAUCAUGGCCAUCAACAUGGACACAGUCAUGACCACGUUCACAGCCGUUCUCACAAACAUAAGAGAGAAGCACCAGGAGGGCAUGCACAUCCCACUCUGCCUGGACCUCCUUCACAUACAGGUGGAGAGUCUCAUCAGCAUGAGGAGUGUUUGAACCUGACUCAGCUUCUAACCUACUAUGGCCUCAGCCCAGACUCGCUCAUCUCCCCACACCAGUUCACCUACCUGUGUCCUGCCCUGCUCUACCAGAUAGAUAGUCGUCUCUGCAUACGCCAUUACCACCAGAUGGAUGUGGAGCAGGAAGCUCUAGAGACAGGAAAUUCCAUCUGGGUGUGGCUCUGGGGCUUUGUGUCCAUCACCAUUAUCAGCCUGCUGUCUCUGCUGGGAGUAGUGCUGGUACCCAUCCUCAACCAGUCCUGCUUCAAGUUUCUGCUCACCUUCCUGGUGGCGCUGGCAGUGGGCACGCUCAGUGGAGACGCUCUCCUUCAUCUGCUGCCUCAUUCUCAAGGGGGCCACGACCACGACCACAGUGGACAUGAGACAAGCAACACCACUGAUCUGGUAACUGCCUUUGAUGGAGUGUGGAAGGGCCUAACAGCCCUGGGCGGCAUCUACCUCCUCUUCAUCAUUGAGCACUGUAUUGGCAUGUUUAAGCACUACAAGGACCACAAGGGCAAAAAGUCCAUUGAAGAGGGCAAAAUUGGCAGGAAGUUGUCAGAUCACAAGUUAAACCGGCGCUCAGAUGCAGAAUGGCUUCACCUGAAGCCCAUCAGUGAAGACCAUGAUGUCACUGUCAUCUCCUGUGACAACGGUCACAACGACACGCAGCUCUCAGAGCUCCAGCCUCCUGACUCCCCCACCACCAGAACACCACUGGCUCCACAAAUCACCCAACAAGAGCCCCAGUCACCAAAGAAGGAGAAUGGAAGCAAGGCCAAGAAGCACAGACAUGGCCAUGGUCACUCGCACGGUCACGGUCACUCGCAUGGGGGAAACUGCCACUCAGACCAGGAGAUGAAAGACGCAGGUAUAGCCAGCAUCGCCUGGAUGGUUAUCAUGGGCGACGGCAUGCACAACUUCAGUGAUGGCCUGGCUAUAGGCGCAGCAUUCAGUGCAAACCUGACAGGAGGCAUCAGCACAUCAGUGGCUGUUUUCUGCCAUGAAUUACCUCAUGAGCUCGGUGACUUUGCUGUGCUGCUGAAAGCCGGGAUGACAGUGAAGCAGGCCAUUGUCUACAAUCUGCUGUCCGCCCUCAUGGCCUACAUUGGCAUGGUGAUUGGCACGGCUGUGGGCCAGUACACGCAAAAUGUCACCAGCUGGAUCUUUGCCAUCACAGCUGGCAUGUUCCUUUAUGUAGCUCUGGUGGAUAUGCUGCCAGAAAUGCUUCACGGGGACAGUGAGGACCACAAGCGCUGCCAGCUGGGACACUUUAUCCUGCAGAACCUGGGCAUGUUGACCGGGUUUGCCAUCAUGCUGCUCAUCGCCAUCUUUGAAGACCAAAUCGUUUUUGAUUUUGGCUUCGAGUAAAGAAAGGACAGGGUGGUGGGAGAUGAAGGAGGGGAGAGCUGGAUGUAUCAGUAUUGUUCUUCUUGGCCUUAUCAUGCUUUGUUUGCAAUGUAACAGCCCAGUCUUGCAUGCAAUGUGAGUCUUGUUCAUGGCCCGUGCCUUCAUUUCAAACAAGCAGCGGUUAGCUUAUGCAUAUCUCAUGACUGUGCCAGUGAUGUUUACACUCUACUCCGCCGUCACCUCUCCUCCGUCAGCUCCAAUCUGUGUACUCCCUGAGAAGCAAAUAAAAAAAGGCUAAAUGAAAGAAGAGCGAGGCUGCUAUCCAACCAGAAACACCUCCGCUUUGAACGAGUGAACUCCAUCUUUAAAAAAGAGCUGAAGGUGUUCCUGCAGAGAGGCAGCUGUCACAGCAGGCAGCUCACCGCCUAUGCAUCAUCACCUGUUGUUUGUGUGUUGUUGUCUUCGUGCCCCGCCUCCACACCUCUCCAUCUCGUACCCACCCUGUGCUGUGCCCCAUCAUCCAUGACUUGUACAUCUGUGGUGUGUGUUCCACCCGCCAUCCGUCAUCAACUUUUGAUGUGAUCACGCUGUGUACCCAACAUCUCGUGUCUCUCUGUGCCAAGCCCUGGCCACUGGAGCAGAACCACAGCUGCUCCACACCCCGUCACCGUGUCCUUAAAGAGAGGUGGAGCUCGGCGGAAAUAAACCUGUUAGCUGCUGUGGCUUCUCCUGCUCACCGUGUCCACAACUCUGAGCUGCACGGUCAAAACAGAAGAGUGUUUCCUUAAUGCUAAGUGGGAGAUGCCCAAAAUCAUUCAGUGUUAUGUUUAGUACCACGUCUUUUUACAUCACUGUCUAAUUUGAUCGUUGUGAUUCGUAUUUUUAACUUUUAGUUAAUGAUAGUUUCUAACUAAUCUGCCAAAACCAUAAUAAGUAGCAUUUCAGACUUUACAGUGCUUUCCUUUAGAAAGUAGACAUCACAAACGUUGAUUAAACUUUUUUUAGGAGUUGUAGCCAAAGCAGACAUAUCCUUGUUAAGUCUUUAUGCUCUCUUUUCUUUAGAUGAAUCAGUGAUUUUCAAAUGUGAAUUCAAAACUACGAGUUAAACCUUUCUAUGAUGAAACAGUAGUUAAGAUAAAAUUAGGCUGUCUCUAUGAGUGUCUACAAGGUGCUGCAGAGGUUAUUCCAUAGUUGAGCGGCUAAAAACUCAUUUUCAUUCCUUCGUCAUUAAAGUACCUCUGUCAAAGAAGCCGUGUUAACCUCCUGACAAUCAGAGAGACCAAUCAGAGUCAGUAGAAAUACUGGGUGCUUUCAAAUGGCAGCAUUCCUGCACUUGUAACAGAUGUUAAACUUUAGUUAUUAAUCCUUGUGAUGAUUUUUAUUUGGAAUAUGUUGACUUAAGUUUCUGAGGGUGCAUGUUUAAAGCUGGCCACACACUAGACAACUUUCAAGUCUUAAAUGAUUUUAAAAACGUGGGAGACCACGGGCAAAAAGACAGUUCCAAACAGUGUUUUACCUUAGCGCCCACACAAGACGACUCGGCCAGACCGCGAGACCACCCAACUGGUGUCUUUGGUAUUGAUCUCCAUGUGAAGAUGCCUUAAGCCGCUUCAGACUUGCUGCGUGUUCUGCUGCACACGUGUCCACUCCGGAUCCAGUGUUGCUUUUACACUCGUUGGCAGCAUCUCUCUGCAGUGCAAGCCCUGUCAUUCUUUUUAAGUUCUACCACAGUAAACCUCCCUACAAGUUACUUUACUCAGUGUAUAGGGGAAGCAACUAAUCAAAAUUAAAGCAUUCUUUACAAAUCAAGGGAGUUUCUCAGAAGAAAUGCUAAACCAAGCUUUAACUUGAAAAGCACAAACUAGAAGUGCCAUCAUUUCCACUGAUGUGGAAGAACAUGUGGUAAAACAUUUAUCAUUUUCCUGUCUAUUUGUGCCUAUAAACCACACGCAGAAAAAAAUAGGCAAAGCUCAAUUCUCCAAAUUCCCAGCGCGAGACCAGACUUAAUUUCGUAGACUAAAAUUAUGACUAAAAAUGCUCAUCGACUACCUUUUUACUAUGUGAAAAACUAGACUAAGACUAGCCAAAAGUAGAUCUUUGAUUGCUAAAACUGAUGCAGAGUAAACUUAGUUUUCACCAAGAUGACUAAAACGAGACUAAAAUGUAAUUUAGUUUCACUUAGACAUUCAAAAUUCAUAAAUUUUUCCACUGUGUGUAAAUCUGUCAAAAACAAUGCCUCUGUAUCUCUUCUGCCUCUCAGCUGUAGAAAGCAGGGACCCCAGGUUUGGCAGGGUGCGGAGAACAGACUACCAUAACUUGGUACCAGAGAAUAAAUGCUUGGACUAUAAUGUGAGGACUUUUUAUGGACUCAAACUAGACUAAAAUGACUUGAGUUUUCUUUGACUAAAACUAUAAAGGGUAGAAAUGACUAAAACUAAAAGGCAUUUAAUCUAAAGACUAAGACUGAGACUAAAAUUUAAAAUAGCUGUCAAAAUUAACACUGGUCAAGAUGCAGGUAGUCGGAAAGCCCUAACUUGAUAACAUGCAAACAAACUGUUGUGUUGCAGUCAAGACGCACAUCUCACGCGACCAAUCUGAAACAGACUUUACACGUAAUGUCUCACAGAAAUUGGCAUGAUAAAACAAACAUGGAGGAGGAUUGAACUCAACAGUUAACACAAAAAUUAGAAAUUGCUACAAAGAAGGACAAUGAUCCCAGCUGAGAUGAAGGUAUAGUUGUGUUUCUCUUGGAGCUGUAUAAGAAUAUAAUAUCUUGUUGGUGACACCACUGUUGUAGAUAAUCUGUUGGAGGCAGUCCAACCUAGAAUCAUGAGUAUCAAACAUGUUUGAUAUUUAUGAUUUAGGUCAUAGAGGCUCCAACACGUUAAGGAACUGUUAGUCCUUCUAAUACAACCCAUUAGAGGAUUUUCUUGAUUUGUUUGGCACAAACCGUCGUGACUCGUCGACAGGGAAAGCGAAUCUUUCCUAAAGUCGUGUUUAAAACUAUGUAGUGUGUGGCCAGCUGAAGUCACUGUCUGACUGUGCCAAAACUGGCUCCAGUGUGGAUUUUCAGUGGCUGGUGCUUGACACUGCCCCCUCCCUAACGCCCCGACAUUCCAUUGGCUGUUCUGUGGCUCACAUGCUAAGCUAACUAGCUUUAGCUGCUGGAGCAUACCGGUAACGUGUGUGACUUCAUUUAUCCUGUCACUGUGUGACAUCAUCCAUCAUCUAUCUAUGUCUAAACUGGCUGUAAAUCAUCGUCAGAAGUCGUGUUGUUGAUCUGGCUGAAUCAUGCAUGGAGCAUGAGUGAAACAGUGCAGACUUUGUGCUGAGUGUAACUUUGUUUUCAUUCUUUGUACUGCAAAGUUAAGAUAUUGACGACCUUAGUUACUUUUUAAAGAAACUUUGUGAAGGUUCUUCAGGUGUAAUGUAACUGGUGUUAUGAGCCUUUUAAUGAUGCAGAUGUGAGAGCACAGAACUUUUCUGCAUCAUCACACAUUUGUUUUCUUCUUAGGUUCACAUUUAAUGGAAGUGCACACUGUUGUUAUACAGAACCUGAAUGUAUUUUCAUUUCUUUUUAAGAACUAGUAAAGCCUUUUCAAUAUGUUGUAGUUUUUGAGAGCAAUUAGUUUUCUACUCUUCACGUUGAUUCUUUGUAUUUUUAGUUUUUAUUUAUGUUUAGGGUUGUUCUCUUGCAAUAGUAUUUCUCUUUGGUAUGACUUGUUUAAUUUAAAUCAUGUUUAAUACGAAUUUGACACCUAAUGACAUGACAACCCAAAGACAGGUUUGUUUACUUACUUGGGCAGCAAAUUGUGUUUAAAAUGAAGGUCUCUGAUUGCGCUCAUUCUUGCUUUGUUGUAUGUACAUUUGUUUAGUCAUCUGGAUAUAAAAUUCAAAAUGUGACAUCCCUGCUAUUUGCCUGUCUGUGCUUCCUCCCCAUUAUGAAAAGGACAAUAAAUUCUGAAAAUA